AGACCAGCGGGUUACUGUCUGUUUAAUACCGAGACUUUAUCCUCUGCAGCAGUGAAAGAGGGAGGAAAGAAGGACAGAACUAAAGAAAAAAAGAAGGAAAGAAAGAACAGAGGAAAGAAAGAAAGGAAGAAAGGAGGAAAAGGAAAGAAGGACAGAAGGAAAGAAAGGCUCUGGAUGGCAGUAAUGGAUGGAUAUGAACUGAUUAAACUCCUUUUAACUGUUUCAGUGCUGAUCUGUCUUUGCCAUGGUUGGGACAUUCAGGUGCCAAAAUCAGUUACAGCUGUUGAGAGAAGCUGUGUUACACUACCAUGCAGCACCAGCCCACACUCCCAUGUGAGUUGGUACCUGGACAUUACAGGUAGAGACCAAAUAGUGUAUUCCAAGAACCAAGAAGAUAUCACAGACAAUUUCAGAGGAAGAACAUCAGUCCCAGGAGAUCCUGAACAAGGAGACUGCAGCCUGAGGAUUGAUAGAGUUCGCCCAGAUGAAAAUGAAUUAAGACUAUACCCAUGGAUCUAUCCUGACACCGGUAACAAGUAUCAAUACAUCAAAAUAAACGUUGUAAAACCCGGGAAUCCUGAGAUUUCCAUGGAGAGCCCACAAGUGGAGGGAACACUUUUCUCCGCCAACUGCACAGUUCAGCAUUCCUGUCCUUCAUCUCCACCACGGAUCGAAUGGUUUGGCCCAAAUCCUGUUACUAACAAUGUGAUCACCACAGUGAACCAGGAUGGAUUUUGGAUUUCCGUGGCCCAAGCAAAGUUCAGACCAAACCUUGAGGACUUGAGCAGGAAGCUCAAAUGUGAAAGUGUGUUCAACCGGGAACACAAGCCUAGUAAAGUUCUUCAACUUAACGUCUUAUAUUCUCCCACAAAUGUGCACAUAAUGACCGAGAGAAGGGUGGUCGAGGGAGCUAAUACCUCGCUCACAUGUAUGAGUGACAGCAACCCUCCACCCAGUGCUUAUCAGUGGAUUAUCACCCAAAAGAGUUCCACCACAAAACACAACGGCCAAAGUUUUUCACUUCAAGACGUCAGACGAGACACGUCCGUCCUCUGCACUGCUCAGAACUCUAUUGGACGGGGACAAUCGGAUCCAUUAGUGCUGAACGUCCAUUUUCCUCCCACCAUCCUGCUGGACUCGGGCUGUUGGGACUGGGCUGGAGGUAUGAGGUGUGUGUGCCGGGCAGAGGCUGAUCCCAGACCCAGCAUCUCCUGGAUGGUUAAUGGAAGCAUUGAUCUGUUCCCACAAUUUCAUACAUCAGCUAACUACACCGAACGGGUGACGGUGUCAGAAUUAACGGGACCCCUGACCCACAAUGUCUCCUGUGUGGCGUCCAACUACCUGGGCAAGAACAGUUACCAGAUACCUACACACCAGCCACUGUCAGGAGGAAUUACAGUAGCUAUUGUGGCAGCGGUGGUGAUUGUCAUCAUUGUUAUUGCUGUGAUUAUCAUCUACUGGAGAAAGAGAUCCCAUAAGAAGACGAGUGGAAACAGCACUAAACAGCUGAAGACUGAUGAUCUGGAUCUUAAUGCGUGUUCAUUUGUGAACGAGACGGUAGAGGUGGAUCUCUACGUUAACACUCCACAGACAAAAAAGGAUGACGGGUGCAAUGCAUACGAGACCAUGUGAAGCUUUUCUGACACUGUGAUGGUCACACCUCCUUCAAGACAAGCUUCAUAAAUCUCCGAUCCUCGAUAUUCUGCCUUCAUUGGAGUCUUCAAAGUGUUUAAAGGACGUUUAGUCAUCUGAACAUCUGGACCAGAGUCUGAAUCAAGUUUCAUUGUGAACAUUUUGUCCGUUUAGUUUCGGUUUCACACUGCAGUUCAGUAAAUCAGCAGACUAAAAGACUUUGUUAUGUCAGGUCAUUAUCACCUACAUGGGCGGAGUCUCCCUAUACUCAACACUGAUUGGUUUGUACGAUAUUGCCAGUUUGGCGAGUUUCAUUUCCUGGUGUUGUGCCGAAUUCUGCCUCCCUGCCAUAAUUGUAUUAAUCUACAGUGACAAUAGAUACAGAAUUACCAGCACCAUAAUCUGUUUCAGCACAACACCAGUUCUUUUUCUUCUUCUAUUGUUUCAUUUUAGUCAGACCCAGACAAAACGGUGUAGGUAUGAAAGCACCAUAAGACUCAGUAUUAAGGCAGAAUAUUUAUAAACUGCAGUGUAACGCACAAAAUGUGAUAAUAAAUGUAGCCAUUUAUUUAUAAACUAUAGUUUUUUUAUAUGAAAACACAUACAAUUAUUAUUUUACUUUAAAGUACUGAUAAAAAGUUGUUUGCCACAGAUUAAUAUUUAUAAAUUAUUGAGCUAAUUACUCCAACACUUUGUAAGCUUC